GGAAAAUUGGUAGAUUCUGUGAUAUAUAGACUUUUUAUUGGUUUCACAUUCUUUUGAAUUCUAGAAAAAGAUCCAUUCCGAGAUCAUGUCUCGCCCUAUCAAUCUGCUCAUCUACAAUUCUCCGCUCUUUCCUGCCCAUUGGUCCUUAUGGCUGCCUUCAGCAGCUGAUCCCAACAUUGGAAAACGCAUCCACGUCACCGGAGACUCAGCUUUUGGAUUCGAAACCGUCUUCGAGCGCAACUACAAUCUUGCCGCUACUAGGCGUCGUUAUCAAAUUGUCCCACUCGCCCAGGUCCUCGAACACCAUGUGGCUAAUGACGAGGGAGACAGUGGUCCAUCGUCGGACAACACUGCGCGAGAUUAUGUUGAGCAAGUUGCGCUUAGCGUUCCUGCACCAGGUCCGAGUCUUGUAUCGGCUAGCUCUUCUGGGCCUAGGCAGCGAGUAGCAAUUCAAAACUGCCAAACAUGGCUGCGGGAAUUGGUCGUUAAACUCGUGGAGAAAGGCGUGAUGGAUCAAUCGGCUGUGGAGGCAAUUGAUAAAGCACCUAAGAACUAA